CGCUUUGCCGCGACCCGUGACGCGCCUCUGGACUGGUUUCCCCCGGCGCCCUUGUGCACACCGUGACGUAGUGCUUGAAUAUUUCUCUUGUUUCGUCCAAUUUAGGAUUUCUGGGAAGAGAUUCUCGAGUGUGCGAUCGUGUGAGUGUUCGCCCCGGAUGUCGAUUUUUAAGGACAAACUUUUGCUUCUUUUGUCUCGAUGGGAAUUUACGCGUCGUGCUUACUGAACGCUCGUCGAAGGCAGCAAGAAGGGGAGAAAGAACACGCUUUCCCCUCGUGCUAGUGUCGUCUGAGGGGAACUUAGAGCGGGCUGAAGAAUUCAACGCAGGAGAGGGAGCGAGGGAGAGGGCCGAGUCACUGCAACGGCAGAAACGACGCCAUUAUCCCUGUGUUUGGAAAGAAGAUCUAUUGUGCUUUGAACGCUUGAACGCAUGUGCUAGAAAUUCAGAAAAGGGAAUAAUAACACCUUCCCACAAGCAAACGCAGAGAAAGGAGAGGAAAAAGGAAAGAAAGUGAAGCGAGAGGGAGGAAAGAGCAGUCGUACAUUGGUCCAACUCGUCCAGGUUCGCCACGAGCUGAAUUCCCGAAGGAAAAUGUCAGCAUUUCCCCAAAGGUCCAAGAGCCCCGUCCUCAGAGCAAGUGUCGUGUGCUGGUGUGUGGGAGCCUAACUGAGCGAGGGCAUUUGUUCCCACCGGCCGAUUAAGGCACAAUCUUCGGUUCCCGGCGCUGCGCUGAGGCAGGGGAGGGAUCGAGGCCGAGUAGGACGAGGAGGAGGCGGCAGCGAGACGGGGAACGAGAGGAAGGCGAAGGAGGAGAGAAAGAGAGAAGCGGAGAAGGAAGGAAACGGGGAGACGAAGGCGCCUUCCCGCAGAGCCUUCGGGAAGAGGAAAGGACUUCUCGAACUCAGCGAGGAGCCUGAGCGUCGGAGGGAGAUCUACGCUUGCCCUCCUACGAGCUGUAGCGAGCCUCGCCGGAGCUCGUUAGUACUUAGCGAGGAGCUGGGGCGCCAUGGCGGGCUGCGGAGGCGCUAGCACGGGCGGGCGUCGAGGGCGCGCCUGCUUGGGCGUUUUGGCCGUCAUCGACUCCCUGUUGUCCAUCUUCGUGUUCGCGCCGCUCGUGGUGGGCUACUGGCGGGGCUGCUGGCAGCUGAUGGACAUCUACCUCCUCCCGGGGAACAAGCAGCUGUCGGUGCUGACGUCGCUGGCCAUCGGCAACGUGUCGGGCCUCGUGUUCUGCCUCCUGCAGGGCCCCCUCGCCACCCUGUGCGACAACGAGCGGCGCCCCCGUCUGCACCUCCUCGUGUCCAGACUCUACACCGCCGUCUACUGCGUCUGCUGCGUCAACCACUGGAGGGGCGUGUGGGCGUCCUGGGACCUCUACACCGGCAUCUCCUGGCAGUCGGGCGCCACGUCCGCGGGCAUCGGCCUCCUGACGCUGGCGCUCACGCGAGGCCUCAAGAACAUCCUGGCGCCGCCCUUCAUCGUGGUGACCGACCACCCGAGUGGCUACUUCAAGGUGCCGACCCUCUUCAGUACCAAG